CGUUCGUACACUCAUCUUCAGCGGUCAUCCCUCCAUAAAUUGCUCGUCACUCGUUUCCACCACCCGGAGGCUGUAAACAAGCUAGUAUUCCAGCGUAACUAGCGAUCUCUGUUUUGCGAAGAUGCAGCCCAUGCCCAAUCGGCUAGGACUUGGACUCCGACCGCCCAUACCGUCCUAUGGCCAAGGUCCCUCGAUGUCAGCUCUCGCACAGCAACAGUAUGGGGUGCACCACCCACAAUUCGUGCCGCCACAACCCAGAGCAACCACGCUCUUUAUUGGUUCGAUUUCUGGUGGUAUCACGGACGCUUUCCUGAAUUCAUUGCUCGGAGCAUGUGGCGCAGUAACCUCCUUCAAGCGUCUCAUAACCCCGGCCAACAAGCCACAAGGAUUCGGUUUCGCAGAGUUCCAAGACCCUGAUGGUGCGUUGCGAGCUAUGGGAUUGCUCAAUGGCGUAGAGUUACCUGCGUUGGAGGAUGGGUGCGUAAACAAAAAACUGCUGGUCAAACCAGACGAGAAGACGAAGAUGUUCCUGGACGCGUACCAGGCACAGAAAAUGGCGACACCUGCGGACGAAGAGCUGACGCGAAGUGCGAAAGCAAGGGUCGACCAAUUCCUUGCUGACAUCAAUAAGCAGUCACAAGAAGCAGCAAGCAACGGUCUGAUCGACAAGGAGAAGUACAUCAUCCCUCCCCACCUGCACGACCUGCAAGAGGCAGAUCUUCCAGAGACGCAGCGGGGGCUCGUGAUGACCGAGAUUGCGCAGUUCCGUGAGCGCGCUGCGAAGCGGGAGCGAGAGAAGAUGCGAGAGACACAGCAGGCCCUGCCGAACAUCCUCGCUGCACCAAGCGGGCCCAAACAGCGUGAAUGGGGCAAACCACAACUGCCGGGCCAGCAGAUAUCGCCGUCGCCCGUUGGCGCUGGCUCGACUCCGCAGGGAUUCGGCAAGGGCGCGCAAGGCUACAAUAAGCCUGUUGGUUUUGUGAAGGCGGAGUCGGACAGGGACUCGCCUAUGCCAGAGGCCAGAGUGUUCAGUACACCUGGAAAGACGGACGAGGAGCUCGAGGAGGAGAGGAAGCGACAGCGACGAAGAGACGAAGAGGAGUCGUACCGAGACCGAGAGAAACGGUACGAACCUAGGGAACGAGCGCGUAUACAAGCGUUGGAACGUGCGAUUCUUCGUGAACGCGCUACUAAGGAGGCAGAAGAGCGUGAUCGCGUCGAGAUGCGGUCGCGGUUGGCCGUGUGGGACGAUGACGAGAGCGACGAGCUGUUCUACACCGACAGAGCACGAUGGCGAAACAUGCGGACUCGGAGACUGGCCGCGGAACUGGCCUCGGAUGAGGACUCGCGCCUAUACGAAGAGCGCGAAACCGAUAACCUACGCAAGGAGUCAGAAGCCUUCCUCGCACGGCAGAUGGACGAGAUGCAGGCGCUGCAGGAGGAGCAGCGCAAGGCGGGUCUGCUUCUUGAAGACGGUGCGCCUGUCAAGCUCAACGUCUUGCUCGGCGGGGGUGUUCCGAAGCAAGAGACCGGCCCGAAGGAGAAGGCAACGGUGUUCGGUCAGGAGGAGGAGGAAGAAGAGAGUCUGCGUAAGCGGAAAGUGCCUCUUCCUAAGCUGGAUCUCGCAGAGGGCGGAGAGAAGGCGAAGGAGCGGCUGGAGAAGAUCAAGGCAUCCGUGCCGAGGGAUAAGGAGACCUUGUUUAAGGCAAAGGUGCGGUGGGACGGCCUGUCAGAUCUUAUGAUUGACCGGAAACUGGAGCCGCUGGUGAAGCGGCAGAUGACCAAGUACCUAGGCGAGCUCGAAGACGACGACCUCGUCAUGUUCGUGCUCGAGCAUCUCAAAGACCACAAAGGUCCCCAGAAGCUUAUCGAGGGCCUCGAGCCGGUCCUCGAGGAAGAAGCAGUCGAGUUUAUCGUCAGCAUCUGGCGACAAAUCAUUUUCGAAAGCAUGGCAUACGGCGAAGGUCUACACACGGAGCGGAUGAUGGCCGACUGAUCAUACAUCUCAAUCCCCAACCUCCGGAUUUGGGAUGACGGGUAGCGCCUCUUGCGAGCGAGGCAGGUGCGUUUGCGUAGUAUUCACUAUUCUUCACUAAAUGUAUAAGAUCGCCAUCAUGCUAUGAUACUUGUAAUGCUCAACGGCCUCGAUGUGUCUACGGUUGGAUAGCUGGGGGUGGGAAGCACGUUGACGAUCGUGAUACGGGCCAGCCCUCCUCAGACCUCGUUG